AUGGAAGUCAUUGAUGUGAGCUCUGAAUGGAGAACUUUUUCAAAUGAUACCAGCUCUAAAGAUAUGUGCCGUGUAGGUGCAGCAGAAAAUCCGCUACUCGAUAGUGGAGACUUAUCUACUAUAAUUGGAGGCCCUUCUCCUUCCGAUUCUCGCCAAUUCGACGACCAAGGUAGACCACUCUAUAAAAGUAGAAGAAACCUGUCUGCUCCUGAUAGAGCUCUUUUGGGAGCCUUUCGUGAGAUUAAUCAGAUGGGAGAGCGACUUAAUUUACCAAAAAGUAUAUCCGAUCAUGCAAACCGACUCUUUAAGCAGGUUUACGAGACUCGCCAUCUCAGAGGUAGAAGCAACGAUGCAGUCUCCACUGCUUGUCUCUACAUGGCUUGUCGGCAAGAGGGAGUUCCUCGAACUUUCAAAGGUGCCCCAUAG